AGAUUCGGCCCUCAUAAUACCGAUACAUAAUACUGCAAAUAUUAGUGAAUAAAUUGAACAUACAUAUGUAUUCAAAUAAAGGUUUUCUUGCUGGCUGUACAAAAGCUAGGAAGGAUUUCUUGAUAUUGCAGUAUGCGAAAUGAAUCUCUUUACCUCAGCUAGGUGAAUGCUGAAGUCGAGUUAAACAAAUGCUAAUUGUAAUUGAUAAAAUAUGUGAUAAACAGAGAUACUUAGGUCUCUACUUUGUUAUUGUUCUCCAUUUCAAACAAAUGUAGUUAUUCAAAUCUUAAUUGAAUGGAAGCAAAGAUUUCUUAAUAUAACGCUCUGUUUCAAUUAGAAAUGUUUCUAAUUUUGUCAUCUUUUUAAUAAAAACCUGUAUUCAUAAACGUCUUUCCAUACUUGAACCUGGAAAUAAAUGGGUCAACACAUUUUAAACAGACUCCAACACGAUGGCCAAUUACAGUUACUUGUUCACACCCAGAGCUGUUCCCUAUAACUACCAGACUGUCCCCGAGGCGCUGAAAAUCCAGGCUGGGAAAUUCCCAAACCACGAAAUCUUGGUGUUCAGGAAAAUAGACGGAUGGCGAGAGACCUUAACUUACAAAGAUCUCUACGCCCAAGCUGUGAAAAUGGCGAAAUGUUUGGUAGAAAAGGGAAUUAAAAAGGGGGACAGGGUCGCGCUGUACGGUCCAAAUACAAUACAAUGGGUGGUAGGAGAGAUUGCUAUAAUAAUGGCAGGUGGUGUUGUUGUUCACGUGACCAGUAGUGUCAAGGACGCCAGCGACCUACAAGAAAUUUUGGCGGUGGCACAGUGCCGAGGGAUACUAAUUGACCCAGGGGCGAACGGAAUGCAUCGUGAUUUCAUCUCAUGUUUUCUACAAUCACCCAAUCCUCUCAUUUUUGUGUUUCUUAGAAGAACAGGAGAGUUUGGAGAUUAUGAUAAUCUGCCAUCUAUCGUUGAGAAAGAGGAAACGGAUACCGAGCUACCCAAACUGUCCCCAGAAGAUGAUAUUCUAGUGUUUACGACAUCUGGAAGCACCGGGAAACCCAAGAUGAUUUGUCAUUCUCACUUUGGUGUCCUUAAUAACGCUUAUUUUCAAGGACCUGAUCGGCCACUGACGCUGUACAAUGACCGACCGUUUGGAUGGAUCAGUGGGUCCCCCCUCGUCAACAUCGCUUAUGGGACCACACGGGUGUUUGCCGACUCCUCGGUUGGGGUCAAGGGAGGCGAUCCAAUGAAGAUUUGGAGCCUAAUCAAAGAGGAAAAUUGUUCCCAUGCACUUUUAAUGCCAUACUACCUCGCUGAUCUAAUUGGCUGUAAAGACGAUUAUAAAGACGUGUACCUGUUACACGCCAUCUUACUCGGAGGGCAGGUCAUUGACCAGUCGUAUAGCCAGGUCAUCGGGAUUUAUUCAGAAACCCUCUGUAUUGGUUAUGGUCUGACCGAAAACGGCGGAGUAACAACGCUUUGGCCUGAUAUCCGCAGAGGAGACAAGAUAGUCAUGGGGGACGUCGGUGUUCCUUGUGAGGGUGUUGAAAUGAAAAUCAUCGACGACACCGGAAGUACCUUACCACGUGAUCAACCCGGAGAGCUUUGUAUAAGGAGCCGAGUAGCUUUCCACGAGUACUACAAAAACCCCGAGGCGACUCGUGCGACCUUCAUUGCUGGUGGAUGGUUCCGUUCGGGAGACAUCGCGGUUAUUACACAAAAUGGCAGGAUUGUUAUCAAAGGUCGAAUAAAGAAUGUUAUAUCUCGGGGCACAAGAAAGAUUUUCCCGGAUGCGAUAGAAAAAGUGGUCAAUGAGAUGGACGGAUUAUCGCAUGUCGUCGUUGUCGCUGUACCGGACAAACGACUGUAUGAAGAAAUAUGUGUCUGUUUCGUAGCAAAACCUCAAAUUGAUGUCACAGAAGAUGACGUCAAAGACUUUUGUGCUCAACAUUUUGACGUUAAAAAUGCCGCAGACGGAUUUGGUGAAAUGCCGACAUAUUUUCUUAAAUUCGAAAAAUUUCCAAUGCUCGAUUCAGGAAAACCCGAUAAAAAGGAAAUGCAGACCGAGGCAGUCCGUCGUCUUGGUAUCCGAUAGAAUAAAAGACAUCUUAAAUAUUUCAUUUUUGUUGAAAAGGCUAAGAGUUUUUUUGGAUUACGGAGAAGCUAAAGUGGCUUUGAAAGUUAUUUGUAACAAAGUACUGGUGCAUAGCACGUACACAAUAAGUCAAUAUCAGGCUGUGAAAGAAUCCGUACUAAUACCAUAGUCAAGCUUGCGUGGUUUAAGAACCCGUUCAUAUACAAUAGUCAAUAUUGGGUGGUGUAAAGAACCCGUACAUAUACCAUAGUCAGUAUUGGGUGGUGUAAGAACUUGCACUUAUACCAUAGUCAGUAUUGAGGGUGUAAGAACCCGAACUUAUACCAUAGACAAUAUUGGCUGGUGUAAAAACCCCAACUUAUACCACAGACAAUAUCGGGUGUUGAAUGAAUCAGAACGUAUACCAUAGUACAUUUUGGGUGUUUUAAGAACCUGGACUUAUAACAUAGUUAAUGUUAGGUGGUGUAAGAUCUCCAACUUUUACCACAGUGAAUAUUGGGUGCUGUAUGAAUCCGAACUUAUACCAUAGUCAAUAACGGGUGGUGCACAAUCCAAAGUAAUUUCUUAGUCAAUAUUGUGUGUUGUAAGAAUCCGGACGGAAUUUAAAAUCUCGCUUUUAUUUUCUGCAUGAAAGUUGAGAAUGAUCAGCAAUUUAGAUAAAGGUUCUGUAUUUGCGAUUCACAUUCAGAAUUUGCGAUAAAUAAGGAAUUAACAGUAUACCAUAGAUUAAUAUCGGGUGGUGUAAGACCUUUCCUUUAUGUAUUGUUUUGAUUGUAUUAAACAUAAUAACGCAUCAAACAACACAAUAUUUUAAAAAUGAAGACGAUAACGUGAUGUUUGCUGUUAAAAGUAAAGUUAUAGUUUUCUGAGGUUUACCUAACACCGCUGUCAUGUUGUUGAUAGGAUUUUUACUAUU